CGCGGACCUUCGGCGUGACCCCUGAGCGCCUCGGCUCCUCUGUCUGGGCAAAACCGCUGCUUCAGCCAGGUAGGAAACACAAAAACCUAAAAAUGUACUGGUUCCACUGCAACCAGUGCUUCACAAGGAGAGGGUCCAAGUUUGCUGUGUCCAGCUGCGGCCACAUCUGCUGCGAAGCAUGCAUUAAAUCAAAUCAGUGCACUGUAUGUGAGGCCAGCUGCAGCUAUCUGGCCAUCAAUGAUAAGAUGAAGCCACAGGAAAAAGUGUUUUUCAAGGACCCAGUGAAUGUCAUCCAAUCACAUCUAGAACAGAUAUCUCAGAUUGCCACAUUUCAGAAGAUGCAGAUGGAGAGAGUCACGGCACACUUCAAGCACAAGUCUGCUGAAUUGGAAAGGCGCCUGAAGGAAGUCAGUGAGCAGGGUUACAGGCAACUCUCAGAGCUGAAAAGAGAGAACGCUGACUUAAAAAAGCAGCUUUCAGAGCUGAAGAGAGAAACUACGGAACUGAAGAAGCCUCUUUCACAUAGGAGGGUUUCUCCGGGACAAUUUCAAACUGAAGGAACUCAGAGGAUGUCCCUCCCGGUGGCUGUCACCUCCCCAGUCACCCCUCGUUCAAGAACUAUAAGUCUUGUAGGCUCAGCAGAGUCCCAGAGGUGGCCCAGAGACAGAGGUCCUAGUCUCUCCCUCAACACUCCUGGAUCGGCUGCUUCCAUUUCCAGCCAUAGUUCUCUUCAUGAAUACAGAACACCCACGUCAUUCAGCACUCCUACAAGAACCCAGACUGCUGGUACUUUCCAGUUUAUAAGUGGAUUCUCAGUUCAGUCUCCCAGGCACUGAGUAAAUGUUUAUUUACACCCCUGGACAUGUUUCUUAAUUGAGAUUUGUUGUAGGAGACAUGUUGAAGUUUGUUUUUGUCCAGAUAACAAAAAGUGUUUGUAAAUUGUUUUACCUUCAUAGAUGUAAAGUUGAUA